AUGAUAAGGAGACCCUAUGGACUGUUCGAAGCAUACGCAAGGCCUCAAUCGCCCAAGCACUCCCGUCUUCAGGGACCAUCGGACGGCGAGGUGAGCCGGAAGUCUCUUCUUGCCUUACCAGUGCGUCCGUCUCUGUGCGUCCUCUGCUCAAGUACCUGGUUCAGCUCAUGCUCUCUGAACUCGAGUAGCGAAACUCACUUUACCCCAGAGAAGCUCGCGGCGCAAAGUGAAAGGGAGGAGCGGGGCGGUUAUCACAGUCUCAGUUCAAUUCAGUAUGAAUACAUGAGACUAUCGCAAAGUGCUCGGAUGGCCGUCAAGGGCAGCUCGCCUCCGAACAUUCACACGCACACAAUAAUCGGCCCAGCACCACAUGUUGGCCUCCCAUCGCUUGUCUCGGCCGCCGUCCAUGGGGCGCGAAUAGGCCGAAUGGCGCAAGAUCCGGACGUGGGGUUGGUUCAUGACCCUGAAUCUAGCACACCACUCAGCGAUGCGAAAUUGAAGCUGUCAUGGGCUAAUCUUUCUAUUGCUCAGCACCUCUCAUCCUAUCCACGUAUUCGUAUCCAUGCGACCGUCACAUAUCCUCGGACAAGACAAGGAGCCGCGGGUUGUUUGAUGUUCUGGCGGUUCAGCUUUUCUCUUCCCUUCUUCUUCUUUCUUUGUGGUAAGGUAUCCCAAACAGAUACUCCGUACACUGAGCGCUAUUCGGUCGAGUCGAGAAAGCCGUGUCCAAUUAGCUCAAGUCCUAUGGUCAACGCAACUGUCAAUGUCACAAUUAAUCACCAUGUGUUGCCUAACCCACCCGAGCAAACCAACGCCAGCAACGCCGCCAAACUGGAUUGCGCCAAGCAAAGUACCAGCUACACGCGUCUACUUCUGCCCUCCACGGAAUUGUGGCGUCUGUCGCAGCGGGAGCUCAUCGAUUGGCCAAUCCAACAGAAACGGCAGCUACCCCUGACCUGUGCGAUCUGGGCGGCCCGGCCAAUCAAACCGUCUGAUCUCUCUUCGGCCUCCGUCUCUCAACCGUCAAUCGCGUCACGUGAUAACACGAAUACGAGACUGCCCCUCCACACAUCAUUCAUCAUUUCCAUCAUUCCCCGCCCGGCCACCGCCUUUGCUGCGGCGUCUCAAGCCGCCUGCCGUCUGACUGGUACAGACCACAUUUCCGUCGGUACGGAACUCAACUUUCUCAGCUGUCUGGUCCAUCUAGAAUUAUCAUCGACGCUUGAAUUCCCUACAGAGUUAUUCCCUAUUACUUCAGGCUUUGACACACUAAACACCGAAUUCAGGGCUCUUACAACAGCGUUGAGAGAGCUCAAGUUUGACAUAUUUGAGCUCUACGCGGCUUCGAAACUCAGGAUUCGGGUCAUCUUGCAAGCCAUAACAUGUCCGCCACAUGUAUCCGACUGCAUCUCACUUGGCAAUCUUCUCAUGCCCUUUGUUGAGACUGGCCAGAAAGGCAUUCGCAGUCCGUCUAUCGCGGACGGCCAACCUCGAGAGGUUUUAACCGGCCGUAUUUGUCAAAAAUGUUCAGGCCUGGACGGAAUAACUGGCGACAGCUAUGAGCAGAGCCUUACAAUUUCGAUGCGUUUUAGCAUCAACAAACACCUUUCCCUGGCUUCAGACCCGCGUCUCCCGUUUCAGAGCCUCUCGUGGUUAAUCAAUUACAAUCGCAAGCGGGAUCCUCACCUCGCAGGGGAGCGGAGCCUUACUGAGAUACCUCAUGUUAUCUAUCACGUCGAUAUGAGUUUUGCGACGCCUCGUGCUCCGAAUCCUACUUCCAUCGCCCACAAACGAGAAAAACUGUCGUGUCUGACCGGGAAUAAUGAAGUUCUAACUGAAGAGGUUGAAGAGCUGAUGAAUAGAUCGGGUGAGAAGCAGAUGCACCAAGUUAAUCAAGUUCACCAACUAAUUGCGCGUCGCAUUGGAUGUACAGACUACGCCGCACCUAACCAGCCACGCGGCCCCCAUCAGAUUUUCAUCAUUGCAAAGCCCGGGUCUUUGGACGAUCAACGCCCGAUUCACGAAGAACUGUCGUCUGAUCUUUUCCCGCUGCGGUUAUACAGCCGGAUCAUCUCUUCCGAUUGGGAUCAGAGCCCGGAGCCCGGCAAGACUCUUGAAGCCAUCAGCAAGCUUCUUCGAGACGCUUCGAGAAGAAGAGAGAAAAUGAACAAGGUCUCGUUGUUGCCCAUGGGCGAUUCGGCACCGGCCCCGAUCUGUCUCUCGGAUAUGAGCGGGAUGCAAGAUUGCGACCCGUACACCAAGAUCAAGGCCGUAAUCUUUUCACCGCAUUCUUGGCAUGGAUUCAAACGAGGCCAAACAUCGCGGGAGGGCUACGGUGCAGUAGGCACUUCCGAGUCCAACUUUGUGGAAAAGAAAUACACACUUGACACUGGAUACAUUUUCGUUGCCUUUGCUGGGGGGCUUGCUGCCGCUGAUGGGGCUUCUCGUCAGGCAGACGUGUCUGUCAGCAAACUCGUACCGGAGUACACAUCAUCCGGUGCAUCUUCACCCCGGGGCUCUUACCUUAUCCCCGGCCCCAUCCCCCUGUUGGCUCCCAAGACGAUCACCUCCAAGGAUCUAACCUACACUUCCGCCUUGUAUGGCUUACAUGGAGCAUACGCACCCUUCGGUAUCACAGAGUCCCAAGAUUCGCAUACUGUAGGCUUACCCGCUGCUCUGGGAACCGUUUAUCUUACGGAUACCGGCCGGCAGACUUGCGGGCGGCCACGCGUGACUCCCUUUCCUGCGGAUUCCCCUUUGCUCCACACCUCCGAGCUGCACGACUACGACUACCGAUGA